GGCUGUUACUACUGCUGCUCCUUCUUAUCCUUCUGCGAGGGCUCAGAAGAAGAAUAACAAGAGACCGUCUCCGGUUGAGUCGACCGAUUGGUUGAGUAAUACAGUUGAUCUUUCUUUUCCAUCUUCAGCGGCUGCACAUUCUGAGUUUGGCCUACACCUUGGUGAGGCCGCAAGCUAUUAUUUCCAGAGGAUCGAGCUCGUUUUGAGAACAUCGGAGAAAUAGCUUCCAUGGAGUUGUCCAUCUCUCGCUCCUUUCAGGGUAUGCAAGGACUUAUGUACGCCUUGGAUAAGAUUAAGAACAUGAAGGAGCAAAUGAAGGACAUGAGGACUGAGCGUGAUACUUUGCGCGGGGAGAUUAAGGAGCUAAAGAGCUACAAGAAAGAGCUUGACCGUGUCAGAGAAGAGUUACGAACUCAACUUGAUGCUAAGGAGCAAGAUUCUAAUCGUUUGAAGUCUGCCUUGGCUGAUCUUGCUACUGCCCAAGCUCGUGUGGACAUGUUGGAAGGUCGGUUAGUCGAAAUUGGACUGGAGGCUGAGAUCCAGUGUCGCGGAAAGAUGGCGAUGGAGUAUCGAGACAACAAGGCCGAGUCUUGGGACAUACCCCAGUACAUUGCUGACUAUGAAGAAUUGCUGCGGAUGAGGGCCGAGGAAGACGCUCGAACUAGCCAACUGGCUAACUCGUUUGGAGAGAUGACUACGAACGAUCUCCCGGUGGAUGACUCACAUCUUUCUUGAGUUAACUAUAGUCAAGUGUUUUAUGUUUUUAAUGUUGUAAUAUGAACUUUUGUCUGGUUGGCUGACUUGCAUGGGUCUGGUGCCCCAUUUUCCCCUUAGUCUAAAUGUAGGUCAGCCAAAUUGGACUUAGACUUAGUAUUUUGGAAUGAUGUUUGUUGUAUGCGCUAUGUA